AUGUUGACCCCAAGUGAGGACACAAGAACAACAAUGUUAGUUCUCCCUGGUUCUGCCUCGGGGCUGCUGUCUUCAGGGACAUCAAAUAGGAUGACGCACGGAGAGCAGAAACUACCCAAACGGGACGUGAAGGAAGCUGCAAGCAAGGUCGAGCAUAACACUCACAUUUUCUGUGCACUAUCUAAGGUCUUUCUUAAUUUUUCUUUCUCUUUCUUUCUCCAGGUUAGAAACACAAAAAGAAAGCCCAGUGUGUUUACACAUGGUCUCUAUCGCCUGCAGCACUUCUCCUGUGACAGCCCUGUGCGUUACAUGAUGUACUAUGAAGCUGCUGCUGAAUAUAUAAGCCUCCACUCUGACAACACAGUUUGCCUUUACACAGCAGACGGCCUCAAGCAGACCUCCACAACAUGCGUCACUUUCACAGGCCUGACUGAAACAAAGAUCUCAGGCCACCUUGUGGGUUGGGGCCCUGGGUCAGUGUUUACCCUCCUUGAUAGUAAGUUACGGCCCUUGGAGGCUGCUCGUGAUGCUCUGGAUAUACGUGUGUGUCAGGCUGCAGAACACUCUGCAGAGCUUGUCACGGCAGGUGCAGGAAAUGUAUGUGUGUGGUCGGUGAUGCUCAUGAGGUGUAAGGUGAAGAUAGAGGAAGGGCUGCAGCACAAAACAUUCACCCUGAUGGCGCUGGCUCCACCGCAACUAAAGAGGCCUCAUAGGACAUAUGUUGUGUGUGGGUCAGUUGUGAGUGUGGUGGACCUUGAUGGCGGGAAGGUUUUAGAGCAGAGGGAUCUAUGUUCAGGGUGA